CUGACAUCCUAGCUGUUAGCAGUGCCUUCACUGAGCUCCCUCCUAUACAAUUAGAGAUGUGAGUUUCUUCAAGCUACAGAUGACGUUUGGCUGGAAAUCACAGGGCAAUCAAGACUCUGACAAUAGGGAAAAAUUACAAAGCAAAGAAGACAAAGUUUCUUCCAUAAAAGGGGCGUCAUGGAUAACAACAUAAGACAAGCUUGGGAAGAGUGCUCACCAGAGAAGGACAUCAUGAGAGGCGAACAAAGCAAGGGAUUACUUCAUGAAAUUAUGGGGGAAAACAACAAGCUAGACGAGGAGAUCAAAAAACUUGAAGCUGAAUUGCAGUCGAAUGCCAGAGAAUUCCAAAUUAAAGAGAAUGUACCAGAAAGAAAGCUUAAAUUCACCUCUGUGGAGAGACCCGAGGAUGGAGACCAUUUCUCAAAUAGCUCCUGUUCAUUUCAAGUGAGGUCGCAAAUUCUUUAUGAGGUACAGAGAGGACAAGCGCUUAUCACCUUUGAGAAGGAAGAAGUUGCACAGAACGUGAUAUCGAUGGGGACGCAUGUCGUGCAGAUGGAAGGCACCUCAGUGAAGGUCUCUGCACAUCCAGUCCCACUAAGCACAGGUGUCAGAUUCCAGGUUCAUGUGGACAUUUCUAAAAUGAAGAUCAAUGUUACGGGGAUUCCCGAUGAACUGUCUGAGGAGCAGACAAGGGACAAGCUGGAGCUGAGCUUCUAUAAGUCCAAGAAUGGCGGCGGAGAAGUGGAAAGUGUAGACUAUGACAGGAAGUCCAGAAGCGCUGUCAUCACAUUUGUGGUAGAUGGAGUUGCUGACAAGAUUUUGAAAAAGAAAACCUAUCCUCUCUACAUGAAUCAGAAGUGGUAUAACGUGACUGUUUCCCCAUUUAUAGAAAGACGCUUGGAAAAGUACCAGGUGUUUUCAGCUGUGUCCAAGAAGACAGUACUUCUGACUGGAUUAGAAGGCAUUCGUGUAGAUGAGGAGACUGGGGAAGACUUACUCAACAUCCACUUCCAACGGAAGAAUAACGGAGGGGGAGAAGUGGAGGUGGUCAAGUGUUCUCUAGAUCAGUCCUUCAUAGCAUGUUUCGAAGAAGAGACCAGAAAAACCACAUGAAACUUACAGCUCUGAGCCCAAGUCAUUGUCAACAUUUACGAAAUAUUGUUUUCCUUAACAAUAUUUUUCAUUUGCCAGUGUCUUCUUAUUCUCUGAUGCAAAAUCUACUCCUAAGCCUUAAAAUUCUUCUUUGUUUGCUCUACUGUGGAUUUAGAAACGCCAGAGUGGCCUGCGUGGGAGGAGUUUGUUUCCUAAUCUCUGUGGCUGAACUCUUUGACUCUCAGGAAACACUCAGCCGUGGGUGCCCUUUGCCCCUGCUCUCUGUCUCUGUCGUAAUCAUAUGAGCCAAUUCCAUUUUGGGCCCUUGCUCAGAAAUAUGUAGAUCUGAUGCAUAAUGUCUUCCAAAAUAAAUCCAGUUCAAUUUA